AACAGUUAAACACUUGGUCAAACGAUUCAAGAAGGAAGUGUUUUAUGUAAUUUCACUAUAAUUCAGUUCACUUUUAUUGUUUAAGUUAUUAUAAAUUUCAAAUAGAAUUGUUGAAAUUCACAGGAAAAUAUAUAUUUUUCGGAUAGGACUAUCAGUUAUUCUGCUCACUUUUGAAAAAUAAUGUUUAUGAAAUGAAUUAUGGAUAACCAUGUCAAUGCUUUCUUAAUUAAUUGCUUAUUACAUUCAUACAUAAAAAUAUGACAUACUUAAGAGGAUCAUGAGGUAUAAUAAAAUGUAAUUGUACAGUUGAGUGCUUGUUUUUCUGUAAAUUUGAUUGUGCUAUCUACAAAGACAACACAUAAAUCAGCAGAUUAUCGGAUUUGUUUCUUUUUCCAGGUUUCAUGCCUUUCUAAUUAGAAAGUGAGAAAAAAUUAGAAUGGUUAAAACACUUACAUAUAUUUCAUUUAUAGUAUUUUUUGUUACUGUUAUAUGCAUUGCUGUUGUUUUGACCGUUCUUUUAUUAAUUCCGACCACUAUUCAAAACGAUGAAAUUCGCCUUCGAAAUGCAAAUGGAAACAUACGAUGUGGAGCAACUUUUUAUCGUUUACGUAAUUUUUUAAACAAUAACAUUGCAAAGGCAUACGUUAAAGUGAUGCAAGAAGAUAGAGAGCGGCAACAGAAGUACCUAGAAGACAACAAAGCUCGUUUGAUGAGCCUUGUAGAUCAAUCUUUCUGGGAAGCAAGGCCGUCAGCCAGUUUAAAAGGGAAAGAACAAACUGACGCAACAACAGAAAUAAAAGUUGCUGAAAUGGCUCCUAUUAGGGAAUGGAUGUACGAUAAAUAUCCUCAUAGCACAAGCAGUUUUUUAAGGAACGGAGUACGCUAUAGAAACGGUCGACUUGUUGUACCUGUUGAUGGAACAUACUUUCUAUAUUCUCUAAUUGAUUUCUUUGAACCCUGUGAUCUUUCAACUGGAAAACCAAAUAUUGAAGACUUGAGGAAACCUAUCAAGCAUGCUCUGUUUAAAUACAAUAUAAAUACAGCAGAAACUGAGAUAACUUCAAACAUUCAACCUCAUCAAAUUUCAAGAAACAAAUUUUAUAAUUCAUACAGUAGCUAUGUGUCUACUAUUGCAAGUCUGAAAGCAGGUGAUGAAAUUUCAGUAAAAGUAAGUAAUAUAACAUACCUGAGACACACAAAUGAUAACUCGUUUGGACUUUACCUGAUAUGAAUUCAGAGAACCAUGAGGGAAAAUCUGCUUAAAAAUGUGCACCAGUUUAACAGUGACUCGAAAACAAAAUUUCAUCAGUUAGUGUAAGUGGAGGCAAAAUAGUAGUUUUGAUCGUUGGCAUGUUACCGGAGAUUAUAAAUCUUAUUGCAAUUGAUUAUAAGUUAUAAGUUACUGUUUUGCUAACUAACAAUGUUUAAUUCCAUGUGUUUUUUAUAUUCAUCAUCCAUUCUUAGUGAUCGCACUAUAUCUUCAAGAUAUUCGUUUUAAUUGCAAUUUAAACUAUUUCUGGUACGUUUCUAGGGACGACCGAAUGCAGCUUAAUUAUUUGUUGUCUGUUUUUUUGUGUAUUGUCUUCGUUAUAAAGGUAUAAACUUGUU